AUGCGCCUUGGGGGGCACGGGGACACGGGGAGAACGCGGGCGCCGCGCACCGUCGCGGCGGGGACACGCGCACGCCCCACCGCGCGCCGGAGAACUACGGCUCCCGGCGUGCCCCGGGCGGAAAGUACGGGUGCCGCAAAGCAGCGGGCCGAGGCGGGGCUCUCCGCCCCACCGAGCGGGCGGUUAUUCAAUCAUUCACUCAGUCGGGCGGGAGCCGGUGGCGGCGGCGGGAUGUCGCGGGGCCGGGAGCGCGUGGUGGCCCUGGUAGACAUGGACUGCUUCUUCAUGCAGGUGGAGCAGCGCCUCGACCCGCAGCUGCGCGGCCGCCCCUGCGCCGUGGUGCAGUACACCGAGUGGCAGGGCGGCGGGAUCAUCGCGGUGAGCUACGAGGCGCGCGCCUUCGGCGUGUCCCGCGGGAUGUGGGCGUCGGAGGCGCGGGCGCUGUGCCCCGAGCUGGCGCUGGCCCGGGUGCCACAGGCGCGGGGCAAGGCGGACCUCACACGGUACCGGGAGGCCAGCGCCGAGGUGAUGCAGGUGCUGUCGCGCUUCGCCGCCAUCGAGCGCGCGAGCAUCGACGAGGCGUACCUGGACCUGACGGGCAGCGCGCGCCACCGGCUGCGCGAGCUGCGCGGGCGCCCCCUGGCGGCCGCGCUGCUGCCCAGCACCUUCGUGCAGGGACUGCCCGGAGAGCCCGGCCCCGAGCGCGGCGGGAAGGGCGCGCGCCCGGCCGAUCCCGGCGGGAAGGAGGAGCUGCGGCAGCGUGGUUUGGACGAGUGGCUGGCGUCACUGUCUUUCGAUAACCCUGACUGUCCUGACCUGCAGCUGACCAUGGGCGCAGUAAUUGUGGAAGAAAUUAGGGUGGCAGUGGAAGCAGCGACUGGAUUCAGGUGUUCAGCUGGCAUCUCGCACAACAAGACACUGGCAAAACUGGCCUGUGGGUUGAACAAGCCCAACCGGCAGACCCUGGUGUCCGCACGAUUCGUGCCGCAGCUCUUCAGCCAGCUGCCCGUCAGCAGCAUCCGUAACCUGGGAGGCAAGCUUGGCACUGCUAUCACAGACAUCCUGGGAGUAGAGUACAUCGGGGAGCUGACACAGUUCAGUGAGACUGAGCUCCAGACACAUUUUGGAGACAAAACUGGGUCUUGGCUCUAUGACUUGUGCAGAGGAAUUGAAGAGGAACCUGUAAAAAACCGGUACCUGCCCCAGUCUAUUGGCUGCAGCAAGAAUUUCCCUGGGAAGUCAGCCCUGGCCACACAGAAGGCGGUGCAGCACUGGCUCCUGCAGCUGGCCUUGGAGCUGGAGUCCAGACUGAACAAGGACAGGAGCCAGAACCGCCGCGUGGCCCGGCAGCUGAUGGUGGUGAUCCGCCAGCAAGGGGACACCCGCGUGUCACGUCUGUGCGCCCUGUCCCGCUAUGACGCGCAGAAAAUGUGCAACGACGCCUUCACCCUCAUCCAAAACUGCAACGUGGCUGGGGCUCACCAGGCAGCAUGGUCUCCACCGCUGAUUUCAGUGCAACUCUCGGCAAGCAAGUUCUCGGAGCCUGUCACCCUCUCUACAGGCAUUGCCACCUUCCUGACGGGUGAUACCCAGCCUGAUGACACUGCCACCACCAGCCAAAAUGCCACGUCUUGUGGGAGGGCCAGGGUCAAGUUCUUUAGGAGCCCGAGCAAAGAGCUUCGGCAGAAGCCAGCUAGUGCUAUUGAGUCAUUCUUCCAAAAGGCAGCAGAACGGCAGCCGGCACAGACAGCGGCAGCAACCAGCUCGCCCACUGGUGCCACUGCAGAGUCAGCUGUGCCCAGCUCCCCUGAGCACCAAGAGAGAGCUGCUGUUGGCUUGCGUGUUGGACUUCCCUCUCUGCAGUGUGACCUGAAGGCCCCUGUGAAGCAGAGUCCCAGCGAUGCCAGCCCUGCUUCUCUGUAUGAGAGGCUUUCCCGGGAGAAGUUGCCAUCAGAUGCUGCACAAACACCCUCAACUCCACCCAGCUCCAGGACCCUUCUGAAAUUACAACCAGCUAUGGAGGGAAAUGAGAAUUUGCCACCCUCUCCUGAGCUCACCCUGCCGCCUCCUGCCUCUCCAGGUGACCAGCAGCGCUGUGAGAAGUGUGGCCAGCUUGUGCUGGUGUGGGAGUUCCCAGAGCACAUGGAUUACCACUUUGCUCUGGAGCUGCAAAGCUCUUUCCUGGAGCCCAGCCCUCCCAUUGCUCCAGAAGCAGCUCCCAAUGCAAAGACUGUGACUUCCAGGUCUCCUGCCAAGGGAAAGAACAAGGCCAAGACUCCAGCAGGAUCUAGUGCAAAACGACCCAAAGAAGCUGUGACAAGAACUUUAGAUUUUUUCUUUAAGCCCUUACCUCCUUAACUCCCAGCCACAAUGGGUGUUUUUAAAGAAUCGGGUUUUUUAAAGAAUCGGGUUUUUUAAAGAAUCAGUGUUUUUAAAGAAUCAGUGUUUUUAAAUAUGGUUAAAAGUUUUUAUAUUGCCUUUCAGGUUUUAAUGCCAAGAAGUCUAAUAAAUUAUCUCCACCCCAA